CGAUUACGACAUUUUGCGGGAAAAUGGGUGUAAGGGACAUCACUCUAUAUAAUAGAACAACAACAACUAGUUUGGACUCUGAACGUCCCUUUUUAUGCGCUUUCGAUUCAUCAUCAAGCUUAACAGAACAUUGACACUCACAUACUGCAGAAAGAUGGCGUCUUCAGUAGAGUCCACUGGCAGCAACAGGGCCAUGUACCCUGACAUUGAGCCCUUCCAGACCGGUAUGCUGAUAGUGUCCGACCUUCACACUCUCUACUAUGAACAGUGCGGAAACAAGGAUGGAAAUCCUGUCAUAUUCUUACAUGGGGGCCCAGGUGGAGGUAUAUCUCCAAGAGACAGGACAUUCUUUGACCCGGCUGUGUACAGGAUCAUACUGAUGGACCAGCGGGGGGCCGGCAAGUCAACACCUGCAGCUGAACUCAAGGACAACACGACAUGGCACCUGAUAGCGGACAUUGAGAGACUGAGGGAGGAGCUGGCCAUCGAGAAGUGGGUCGUGUUUGGGGGCAGUUGGGGGUCAACACUAGCCCUGACGUACGCUGAGAAACAUCCAGACCGGGUCAAGGCCUUGAUCUUGAGGGGCAUCUUCACACUCAGACGGAAGGAGUUGCUAUGGUUUUACCAAGAAGGGGCCAGCUAUUGUUUCCCAGAUGCCAUGGAUGAAUAUGUAAAGCCAAUCCCAGAGGUGGAGAGGGGUGACCUGAUGGGUGCGUACCAUCGCAGGCUGACCUGUGAGGAUGAGAACGUCAGGACAGAGUGUGCCAAGGCGUGGAGCAAGUGGGAGAUGGCCACGUCAAGGCUUCACGUCGACCCAACGUUACUGCAGCGGGCAGAGGAGGAUAGCUGGGCUCUGCAGUUUGCCAGGAUUGAGUGCCACUACUUUGUGAAUGGGGGCUGGUUUGAGACGGAAGGCUGGAUAUUGGAUAACGUGGACAAGAUUCGUCACAUUCCCACCACCAUAGUUCAAGGUCGCUAUGACAUGGUCUGCCCUGCAGUGACAGCCUGGGAUCUGCACAAGGCAUUCCCGGAAGCCGAAUUCCACUGGGUACCAGAUGCAGGACAUAGCAACAAGGAACCAGGCACCCAAUCCAAGCUUCUUGAUGCUUGUGACAAAUACAAGCACCUAUGAGAUGACAACAUUGUCUGUCAUGUGAACAUUACUUCCACUUAUUAUCUGGACACUUGUGACAGACAUGGAUUGAUUUUUAUCUUCUUUAAUCUAUUUAUUGAGAUGCGUUAUAAAUAAAUAUGUAUGCAGUUUCUAUAACACUUGUUUCAAUGUUUGUUUCAAGGAGCAAUCUGAAAAACAAGCACAGUUAUGUAACUGAAUAAGUUUCAAUAAUAUUGGCAUCAAUGAUUAUUACUGAAUUGUAAAUCUAUUUUCUGUUUCGUUAAAAAAAUCAAGUUAUUUGUAUAUACCAGAAAUAAAAACAAAACAUCACAAAAUUACAUUCCAGAAAUAUGAAAUGUAUUAUUGUAUUUAGUAAACCGCAGUUAUUUCCAACACUGAUCAGCUGAAUUUUUUGUUGCAUUGAGGUUUAAUUCUGGAGAGCUAGUUUUUGUGUGUGCAAGUUUUGCAAAGAAAUUUUUUUGCCAUAUGAACUGCGUCAUGCAAAAAUGAGGCCAGGAAAUAUUGUGUGACUUUACAAAGGACAGCAUAAAUUCUGACUAGACUGCGCAGGCUAGUCUUGAGCUACGCUGGCUGCAUAUGACAUAGGAACCAUUUUUGCGGUAUGCAACAGAUUUAGAAGUAUAUGUGGUCAAGUGUUAAAAUUUAAAUGUUAACCCAUUUAUGCCUAGUGGACUCUCCCAUUCUUCUAAAUUGGAUCAAUUUAUAUCCAAAAUUAGGGAUGUCUAGUAUAUUUAUUUCUAUAUUUACAAUAUUUCUUACAGAAAUUCCUUUAAGCAAACAGUGCAGACCCUGAUGAGACGCCGCAUCAUGCGGCGUCUCAUCUGGGUCUACACUGUUUGCCAAGGCCUUUUUUCUAGACGCUAGGCAUCAAUGGGUUAAUGUAGAAUAUCAGUAUGCUUGUGCAAUAUAAUGCUUGUACCAUGUUUACAUAUGUAUUGGACUUCCCAAAUUACUUUGAAAUUAUUUAAACAGAUUUACAAAUGGCGUACUGAUAAGUACAUUAUGUUACAUAUGAACUAGUAUGUUGACUUACAUACUGAGACAGAUAUAGUGUUUUAAUAAACAAAUCUUUGAA